AUGGCGGCGGCUGCGAAAGUGAUUCGCCCGAUAACGUUCGUGACGGGCAAUGCGAAGAAGCUGGAGGAGGUGAAGGCGAUCUUCGGGUCGUCCGUCGCCCUGCGAAGCCGGAAGAUCGAUUUACCGGAGCUGCAGGGCGAGCCGGAAGACAUCUCCAAGGAGAAGGCUAGACUCGCUGCUGCUAAGGUAGACGGCCCAGUGCUUGUGGAAGACACGUGUCUGUGCUUCAAUGCACUCAACGGCCUGCCAGGCCCAUACAUAAAGUGGUUUCUGGACAAGACCGGUCAUGAGGGCCUGAACAACCUCCUGGCAGCAUAUGAGGACAAGUCCGCCUAUGCUCUCUGCAUCUUCUCCCUCUGCCUGGGGCCCCAGCAUGAGCCCUUGAGUUUUGCUGGACGGACAGAGGGCAAGAUAGUCCCAGCAAGGGGCCCAAAAGAUUUCGGCUGGGAUCCUGUGUUUCAGCCUGAUGGCUUCGAUCAGACUUACGCAGAACUGCCCAAGGAAACCAAGAACCAAAUUUCACACCGAAGACGGGCACUCGACCUAGUGAAGAAGCACUUUCAAGAAGAGAAUUUUGUGUUUGAGGAUGUGGACGACGAGCAAUUGCAAAAAAAAGGCGCGGACUGA